CCUCGUUGCCUACAUGGUGCCGCCCCGUCUCGGCCAAACCCUAGAACCCGUGCUAUUCCCCUCCGUGCCAAUUUUUCUUCUUUCCCACGCGGAGCCGAGCACUCCCGUCGUCGUCGCCUCGUCGAUCCCGCGGUCACCAGCCUUCCCCCGUCGAGCCGAGAUGUCCAGGAUCUCCCUCGUCAUCGUCUCCUUCGCCUACAUGCGUUGGAACGAGCCGGGAAGGCCCGUACGCUCGCCAUCGAGCUCGUCUUCCCCAUGCACGUCGUCGUCACCGCCGUCGAUUCCCACCACUCUGGUCCGUCCCCGGCCUCCCCGACCUCGCCAUCGAGCUCGCGACGAUGGAGUCCAGGAGCCAGACGCCACCGUUGGCGACGACUCCUACUACACUGGAGGUGCCUACUACUACGUGCAGCACGCCGACGACGAUCAGGAGCAGUUUAGGAGGAUCCCAGGCAGGAGGCCUGCGCCUCUUUCGAUCUGUAUCCCAGUUUAUGCUAGCCUUCUUAAGGAAAACUUGUUUAACUUAUGUUAGUACUCAGAUAUUG